AUGGGAAAUUACGUCUCCUACUAUCUACACAACCAAAGCCAGCAGGAAGAUUCGUCUAUAGAAGUGUUCAUGAAAGGAGGUGCGUGCAAAGAAGUAUUCACUGCUUUUCAAGAUUGUGCCAAGAAAGCUGAGAAAAACAAUGAAAGUAUCGGCAUUAAGUGUUAUCCUAUGAUGGAGAAGUGUAUGUUGGCUCAUUCUGAAUACUAUUAUCCCAUCCUGGAGGCUGAGAAAAAUGCAACGGAAGUGAUGAUUAAGGAUUUCCUGCCGUCAACUGCUGGGCGAGAUCUAACGGAAGGUAAAGAAGACGCAGAGGUGGAGGAGGAAGCAAAGAGAAUCUUAGCCGUUAUGGAAGGAGGUGGAUGUAAAGAAGCUUUCAAGGCCUACCUAGAUUGCAGUGACGAAGCUGAGAAGAAAAAGGAAGAAACAUCAGCCAAGUGUAGCCAGCAGAUGUCCAAGCUAGUGAGAUGCAUGCAUGCUAACCCUGAGCACUUUCAAUUUAUUCGUGCAGGGGAAGAACAGAUGAGGAGGGAGUUAGAGUCCUUGUGA